UUGUGUUAUUUAAAGUUUUAAUAUUUGCCUCGCGCCGCUGUUACGUAUCGUUACGUAACCGAGCACCGGGGCAGACGGUGACCGGGGACAGAGCCUCGGAGCCGGCGGAGAGAGCCAUGUCCUCCCGCUCCAGAACCACCAGAACCAGAACCACCAGAACCAGAACCGCCCGGCCCGUGUGAGAGCGCAGCAUGGGGGACCACAGCGGGAUAAACGGACACCCACAGCCCGAGCCCCCGAGCCCCCCGAGCCCCCCGAGCACCGGGGACCCGCAGCUGGACCGGGCUGUGGGGCAGUGGCUGCGCUGGGACAGAAACCCUCUCACUCGGGCUGUGAUCCAGACUCUCGUGGAUCAGAACCAGGUCUCGGAGCUCCGGUCCAGACUCGGGUCCAGACUCAGUUUUGGGACGGCGGGUCUCAGGGCGCCAAUGGGAGCCGGGUUCAACCGCAUCAACGACCUCACGGUGAUCCAGAGCUCCCAGGGCCUGUGCGUGUACCUGUCCAGGUGUGUCCCUGACCUGCAGCAGAGGGGCGUGGUCAUCGGCUACGACACCAGAGCUCAGAGAGAGAGCGGCUGCAGCAGCGAGCGGUUGGCGCGUUUGGCGGCUGCUGUGUUUCUGAGCAGAGACGUCCCGGUGCAUCUGUUCUCCUCCUACGUCCCCACACCCUACGUGCCUUUUGCUGUGCUGAAGUUGGGAGCUGCUGCUGGAAUCAUGAUCACAGCGUCGCACAAUCCCAAAGAUGAUAACGGAUACAAGGUGUACUGGAGCGCCGGUCCACAGAUCUGCUCCCCUCACGACCGACAGGUGCUGCUCUGUAUCAGAGAGCAGGAGGAGCCCUGGAGCGCCUCCUGCUGGAGCCUGGAGCUCAGCGCACACAGCCCCCUGAGGACAGACCCUCUAGAGGACAUCAACAAGGAGUACAUGAAGGACACGAGUCUGCUGUGCUACCACAGAUCUCUGAACAGGACGUCCCCUCUGAGGACAGUCCACUCGUCCUUCCAUGGCGUGGGACAUGUGUUCGUCCAGCGGGUCUUUGAGGUCUUCGGUCUGUCCGUGAUCCCGGUCCCGGAGCAGAAAGAUCCAGAUCCGGACUUCCCCACAGUCAGUGUCCCCAACCCCGAGGAGGGCGUCCCCGUCCUGAGCUUGUCCAUGUCUUUGGCCGAUGCAGAAGACGCUCCGUUGGUUUUGGCGACAGAUCCAGACGCAGACAGACUCGCUGUGGCCGAGAAGGAGCCAAGUGGUCAGUGGAGGGUUUUCUCUGGGAAUGAGAUGGCUGCUCUCCUCGGAUGGUGGAUGUUACUGAACCACAGAAAGACCCAGGACCGGACCCAGGACCGGACCCAGGACCGGACCCAGGACCGGACCCAGGACCGGACCCAGGACCCGAGACCAGAGCAGAAACUUUUCAUGUUGACGACCACAGUCUCCUCCAAGAUCCUCCAGAGCAUCUGCAUCAAAGAGGGACUCUGCUACGAGGAGACUCUUCCUGGGUUCAAAUGGAUCGGGAACAGGAUCCACGAGCUGCAGAAGUCUGGACAUAAAGUUCUCUUCUCCUUCGAGGAGUCCAUCGGGUUCCUCUGUGGGAGUCUUGUCCCGGAGAAGGACGGGGUGAGCACGGCGGCGGUUGUGGCAGAGAUGGCGUGUUUCCUCCAUCACCAAAACCUGAGUCUGAGCCAACAGCUGCAGCGAGUCUAUCACACCUAUGGUUACCACGUGUCCCGCACGUCGUACGUUGUCUGUCACGACCCACUCACGGUGAAUCGGAUUUUCUCUCGGCUCAGAGACUUCGAAGGUUCUGGGACGUACCCCAAAACCUGCGCCUCCUGCGGGAUCCUGCACGUGAGGGACAUCGGAGCCAACUACGACAGCCGCCAGCCCGAUCACAGAGGGGUGCUUCCUGUGAGUGGCGGUCACAUGAUCACGUUCUGGCUGGAGAAUGGCGUCACGGCAACACUCCGAACAAGCGGAACGGAACCCAAGAUUAAGAUGUACGCUGAGAUCUGCGGAGAGGCGGGAGAGAAGAGUGACGUGUCCAAGCUGGAGGCGGAGCUUCUCUCUGUCACUGCGUCGCUAUUGGACGAGUUUCUGGAGCCAGAGAAGAAUCACCUGAUUCGCCGCAGUCUUUAGCCCCGCCCUGCUGUGCUGUGAUUGGCUGAAACACUCUGUUAGCUUUAGCCGCUGAGCAUGCUGGGUAAAAGGCCAAAGACUUCAGACUUAGACGUGAUUACGUUCAUGUUUGAGUUUAGAGUUUAGCAGUUUACAGAUUAAAUGAGACGUUUUCUGUUUAAGACCUGACUCUGGCCCCGCCUCCUCAGAGCCACACAUCGCCAUAGCAACAAGGAGCAGAAUAAAAUUAAAGUUUAAGUAGGGGAUAUUACGCUAAAUCUUAGGUUUGUAUGCCUGAAGAGGUUUUGGAUGUCAUCCAUGCAUGUUUGACUAAUCUAGUGAUCUCUCCAGGGCCCUAUUCAACCCCUUAUGCUUAGCAGUACAAGCCUGUACGAGGCUCCGCCCACAAGAAUACAUCACCCAAGCUCCACACGACAAUCCUCCAUAAAUACACAAAAACAUGACACAAACUGUGCACUAUGACGUGACAAACCUGGUGUGAUAUGCAGUAGUGUCAUUAGUGCGACGCAGCUGAUGUUGUGAUAGUGCUCUGAAGGGGGAGGGGCUUAGCACAGAGAGCCAAAGGAGGAGAGACUCAGAGCAUAAAAAAACUCCAGUUUUAUUUAAGUUUUAUUUAACAGAGUUACAGGAACAUUUGGUUUGUUUUGAUUCAGGAAACUGUAAAAGUGCAGUGUGUUUGUGUUUUAGGCGUGUUCCUGUCGUGUUUUUAGCGUGUUUGUGUCUGAUGUUGCGUCUACUUCAGGAACGACUAAGUUUGGGUUUAAUAUUUAUUUUUUUUACGAGACAAAAAUAUUUAUGAAGCAAAAUGUAUUUUCAUAAACUACAGACACAGAGAGGCCUGAUUAGUCCUGGUUUAGACCUGGUUUAGACCUGGUUCUGACCUGGUUCUGACCUGGUUCAGUCCUGUUUUUUCUGGUUUGAACCUGCUUCUGUCCGUGGAGUGACACCUCUGUGUGACACAGAUCAUGUGUUGAUGUUGUUUUGUGUUUCAAUAAAGCUCUGAUUCAAACAGAUUUUGG